ACACACACACGAUGAGCUUGCUAAUAUGAAUGUGAAGACUUGCAAUGCCAAAAUACAUGUGGUACUUCUGGAUGCACUGGGAUCAAAAUCUUUGAAAAGCCUGCAGGCUGCUUAGCCUUCCAAGACUGGGGUUUUUAAAUCAAGCAAGAAAAAGAGCAAGUUAUUCACUAUUUUUUUUUUUUGGUGUGUGCGUAAGUGUGCUUUGGAUUUUACUGAAUAAGGAGUCUCAGGGAUUCACUCACUUGGACUUCACUAAAUCAGCUUCCAUCUGCCAGCAAUGUUAGUCUGCGAUUUGGGAAGCUGGAGAUCAACCUAGGAUUUUGUCUGAUAUUAUCUCCUUUUGAAAAACGAUGCGUGGCAUAGAAAGAGGGUCUAAGUGCCUGUCUGAAAUUAUUGUGAACCAGGGAUAAAUGUUACCUUUCAAAGGGUUCUUUGGACUCAGCAGCACUCCUGAUGUGAUAACCAUCUAACGCGAAAACAAACACGAGUGCAUGUAUAGUACUGCUGCGUGAUUUACCAUGGAAAAAUUGCUCUGCAGCAUCCUGGUGUUUGGAAUGGCAGUUGCGGUCAAUGCUUGUCCCAAAUACUGUGUGUGUCAGAACCUCUCAGAGUCGCUGGGGACUCUGUGUCCCUCCAAGGGCCUCCUUUUUGUGCCAUUAGACAUAGACCGAAGGACUGUUGAACUCCGACUCGGGGGUAACUUCAUUAUUAACAUCAGCCGACAGGACUUUGCCAACAUGUCUGGCCUUGUUGACCUCACUUUGUCCAGGAAUACGAUUAGUUACAUUCAGCCCUACUCCUUUGCUGAUCUAGAAAGCCUUCGGUCUUUGCAUUUGGACAGCAAUAGGCUGCCCAACAUUGGAGAGGAUAUUUUGAGAGGCUUAAUUAACCUUCAGCACUUGAUAAUAAAUAACAACCAGCUGAGCAGCAUCUCAGAUGAAGCCUUUGAGGAUUUUCUGGUGACGCUGGAAGACUUGGAUCUUUCCUACAAUAACCUCCAAGGCAUCCCCUGGGAAUCUAUAAGGAAGAUGGUAAACCUGCACCAGAUUAGCUUGGAUCAUAACCUGAUAGAUUAUAUUACAGAGGGGACGUUUGCAGAUCUUCAGAAAUUGGCCAGACUGGAUCUAACCUCUAACAGACUUCAAAAGCUCCCCCCAGAUCCCAUAUUUGCCAGGUCCCAAAUAUCUCCAUUAGAAGCAACUCCAUUUUCUCCACCUCUGUCUCUUAGCUUUGGAGGCAACCCGCUACAUUGUAACUGUGAGCUGCUCUGGUUAAGGCGGCUUGAAAGAGAUGAUGAUAUGGAAACUUGUGCUUCCCCUCCAAAUCUAAAGGGAAGAUACUUUUGGUACGUACGGGAAGAGGAAUUUGUUUGUGAGCCACCUCUCAUUACCCAGCAUACUCACAAGUUGCUGGUUUUAGAAGGGCAAACUGCCACAUUAAAAUGUAAAGCCAUCGGGGACCCAUCCCCAGUCAUUCACUGGGUGGCUCCAGAUGACCGACUCAUUGGGAAUUCUUCGAGGACAGCAGUCUACGAUAAUGGUACUUUAGAUAUCGUUGUCACGACAUCCAAGGAUUAUGGAACUUUUACAUGCAUCGCAGCCAAUGCUGCUGGAGAAUCGACCGCGACCAUUGAGCUCUCGAUCGUGCAGCUUCCGCACCUCAGCAACGGUACGGGCCGAGCUGCCCCACCCAAAUCCAGGCUUUCUGACAUCACGAGCUCCAGCAAGUCCAAUCGAGGGGAGACGAAAGGUCCACCAGAAAGGACUGUCUUGGUGUCAGAGGUGACAACUACCUCAGCUUUGGUCAAGUGGACGGUGAGCAAGUCAGCCCCCAGGGUUAAAAUGUAUCAGCUGCAAUAUAACUGCUCAGAUGAUGAAGUUCUAAUUUACAGGAUGAUCCCUGCUACAAACAAAGCCUUUGUGGUGAACAACCUUGUAGCUGGAACGGGCUAUGACCUUUGUGUGUUGGCCAUGUGGGAUGACACUGCCACGACACUCACAGCCACCAAUGUUGUAGGGUGUGCCCAGUUCUUCACCAAAGAGGACUAUCCUCAGUGCCAAUCCAUGCACAGCCACUUCCUGGGUGGAACGAUGAUCUUAGUCAUUGGAGGCAUCAUUGUGGCGACUCUACUGGUGUUCAUCGUCAUACUCAUGGUCCGGUAUAAAGUUUGUAACAAUUCCCAGGGGAAGAUGGCCAAUGUCAGCAAUGUCUACUCACAGACUAAUGGAGCUCAACCCGUUCAAAACGGGGUCCUGCCCCAAGUCAACCCCAAAGUGGUGGUAAGAAAUGAACUCAUGGAGUUUAACUGUGAAUCUGUACAGAGCAGCAUCUCCUCCUCUUCUAGUUCAGUGAAUAGCCGCGACGGUGAUGAUUAUAGCCUCCAAAGCGAACAAGGCACAUUGUCCAGUAAGUGUAGGCCUCCUUCUAGGUCAAAACAUAACAUUGAUCGGCUAAUGGGAGCUUUUGCCUCCCUGGAACUGAAAUGUCAGAAAAAGGAGGACACGGUAGACUCCAGAACUUCCACAGUGGCCCGCCACUCGGACAAAGAGCCACUUCUGGGCCAACAGGAGUCGAAAUUCCGUAGUCUCCUCAUGUUACCACUGGAGGGGAAAACUAAACGUAGCCAUUCUUUUGACAUGGGGGACUUUGCCACAUCUCAAUGUUGCACCUACCCAAAAAAGAUAACAAACAUUUGGACAAAGCGCAGCCUCUCGGUGAACGGCAUGCUCUUGCAGUAUGAUGACAAUGACUUUGCAGGGGCGAAAGGGACGUAUGGGAGUUCAGAAUGGGUAAUGGAAAGCACAGUGUAAAUAACAGCUUCUCCCUCCUCGCUUCUCCCUAAUUACAUCAAAUGUAAUAAAAUUUGGUUUUGUUGAAAAGCCAUGGAAAUGAAAAGGGGGGAGGAAACAUGCUCAACCACGCUGGAGAAAAGAAAAGAGAGAGAGAGAGGUAAAUAAAAAGUAAGAUAACAAAAGAGAAAAAAGGUAAUGAAAUGCUAAUAAGCAAGUGUGGCCCCAUUAAUGUCCGGUCCCAACAAAACUGAGUGUGACCAUUUCAAGGAAUUUACCAGUCAUAUUUAACACUGCUUUUCAAAAGUCUCCUGGCUGCCUGGUGACCCGACAAACAAGCUUAAACAAGGAUUAAAGUGGGUUUAGCAGCACAUAUUUCAUUCAAAGGGUUUGUGGGGGGUUUCCUUCCCUUUUUGGUAACCUGUGAAGUACACUCCCAUGGAUAGAAGACUGAUGCAGGUAUGUCACUGGCUGUAAUUGCGCAUGUCAUCACAGAACUACACUGAGGGCAUCUGUGGGGACAGAACAGAUCAAUUUUUCAGCUGAAUCUCUUCAUGUUAUCAAAAGCAUAUGGAGAUUUCUCCCUCACCCCCUGUUGUUGGGCUGAGGGUUAUUUGGUUGGAGUGUUUUUUUGCAGGAAAAAGGGAUGUUUCUUUUUUCCUUUUUGUUUUUACUCUCUCAUCAAAUCCCUGUGAUGAAACCAAGAAUCUGUACAAAGAUUAAACUCUUGAUGUGUACUGUAUAACCCGCCUUCAACACCACCCUUUAUGUCCUAGGAAAAUGAAAUCUAGGGGGCUAAUAAAUUUUAAAAAUAAUCAUCUUUCUUCCAUCUCCUUCAUGGUCGCUGCUUGUCAAGGCAGAUUGCAACAGCUAUUCAUAUCAGUGGGGGGGGGGUGUUUACUAUCCCGGAGGGGGGAAAAAUUCAAGAUUUCAUAUAAAAGGCAAGAGAGAGGCGAAAACAAAAGCUGCUCCGGUGAACUCUACACAUUAUUAAUACAAAUUGCUGCUGGUCAAGGUUAUUCUGUCACUAUGUUCGACUGAUAAAGAAAAUGCAGACUUUAGCUUGUUUGCAACAGAAAGCUCUUUGUCCAGUCAGUCGCCACAACAGGGCAUCAGUAGCAUUGCAGGAAGUGCAGGUCUCUGAGCAUUUAAGGGGAUUAUAAGUGUAAUGGGGAUGUUCCUAUUUAGCCAUGGAAAACAAGUUUCAAUUGGAUGUCUCAGAAUAGAUGGUCUCCCAAGUGUCACCUGCAUCAUGCCCCUUCACCUAUUCCCAGACCUCUGUCCCAUCCCUUGCAAAGGUACUUGCUACCUGAGACCAGUGAUGGUUCUUUAUGACUUGUAAACUGAUUUUCAAGUUCCUUUUGGGGAAGUAUUGCUGUGGUUCUGGGAAUGCUGUGGGUGCACAUGGUCCAUCCACCUGGCUCCAUUGUCCAUAGUGACUUUAAUGUGAUUUCCAAUAUUUUGGUGGCUACAGCAACUGUCUUUAUUUAAUUUCCUUGUUCCCAGUGAUCUGUCAGCUGGGAAGCAUUUUGAAAUUGCUCAUCAUCAUCAUCAUUAUUUUAUAACAGACAUAUGGAGAAAUGUUGUAAGGCACAGAGGAAAACCACAAAAAAACCUCUAUGUAUUUUUUUAAAAGAUUCAGAGAUAUAUUGUGACAUGGCUAUGUACUUGAUCUUGUAUUCAUCAUGUUUCUUACUUGGAGUUUUAGACAAUGACAUCCCUGUGAUCAGAAUAUUAUUUUCCUUUUAAUUUUUUUUUUGGCUACAAAAUGUACAGUAAAAACAAA